AUGAUAUCCAUGCGGGAAGAUCGAUUUGCUAAACUGGGAUGCCGACCAUGGAAUCUCAGUUUAACGAGCGUGAUCAUCCUGGCGCUGUCGAAUAUGCUGCUAACAUUCCUGCUGUUGCAAUCGGAGACUUGCGCGCCAGAAGCGAUCCCGCGGGAAGUGGAGAUGAACGCCGUCACUGAGUGGAAUCUCGGCACUCUCGUCAAGCACGAGCAACAAUCAGAGUGCAUCACGCAGGAUUACCAGCCCGCGUCACCUGACGCUAACAGUCUCAAGCUGGACAUUAAGCUCGGUAGAUGGGACGCCCGGCGGAUGUUCCGGAUGUACGACUCGGUGCUGGUCGGCAGCAGGUUCACGGAGCUUUCGCAGACCUAUCGGGUGUGUCUGGCUACCCAGAGCUCCGUGGAAAAAUUACACUCACUGGUUCAAGUCGCCUUGCACUGGACCGGUCCGAUGUCCGUAGCGCUCUAUGCUGCCGGUGAUGAAGAAUUUGAGGUGUUGCAGCGUUACCUGGUGUAUCUGAGGAGGUGCUACGAAUCUAUCAGAGAGAGAGUGAUUUUCUCUCUUGCCGUGCCGAAGAUGCGAAUGCCCAAGAAGCAGCCACGCGUUUUCGAACUGCCGGACCGUGUCGAUUGUGCCAAACCGGAAGCCACCCUCAACGAGUUCAUGAGCCGCGUGCCCAGCGAGCAGACCAAUUGGCGGAUACGGAAUGUAUAUCCGCAGAAUCACAUGCGGAACCUGGCGCGCAAAAACUGCCAGACGGACUAUGUGUUUUUAACGGAUGUCGACAUUGUCCCGAGUUUCAAUCUGACGGUCGUGCUCGACGAGUUCCUUAGGAACGACAACUGUGAUAAGUGCGCCUAUGUAAUACCCACGUACGAGUUGGACACGCGCGUGAGGUUUCCUCCAAAUAAGACGGAGCUAAUUAGGCUCGCCACGAAAGGUUUGGCCAGGCCUUUCCAUCAGAAAGUCUUUAUACAUAAUCAGUUUGCCACGAAUUUCACGAGGUGGCUGCAGGACGUGUCACUGAACCAUGUGCAUCACGAAAAUGUGAAGACGGGUAAGGUGUACAUUAGUCAUGAUGUGACGAAUUUCGAAUUCCUUUACGAGCCUUUUUACGUAGCGAAAGAUAUCGUUCCGCCCCACGAUGAAAGGUUUAUGGGAUACGGAUAUACAAGGAAUACCCAGGGUAACUCCAGUAAAUACGCCGCGCUGGGAUUUACGUCGCAGAAGUCAGAGAAAAUAGAAGAAGUGGGGGUUUACGAGAUGUACGUGACGGGUUAUCAGUUCAAGGUACUAUCACCGGUAUUUACAGGCCACUGGGGACUACAGACCAGGAAGACCAGGCCCGCUUGGCGCGAGCGUCAAAACAGUGCCAACAGGAAACAAUUCGAGACAUUCAAAAAGGAAGUAUUCGCUCGUUAUAUGCGAGAUCCGCUGAAAAUGAUGAAGAACGCCAACUGACGAAAGAUUCAUCGAGGAUCUCAUUGAUGAUUUGAGACUCCUCCAUUGAUUAAGUUCGUCCUUAGGCUUAACAUCGAGAAAUCCAGAGUAGUAUUAGGCCUCUGGCUACUGUUAGUGCUCACCACGUAAUGUAGUUAAUAGAUUCGAAGUGUUUUUCAUAUGAUCGAACGAGUCAACGAAGAA